AUGAUGUUCCCGGGCCUCCUCAAGCCCCCCGCCGGGUACCCCAGCCUCCUGCGCCCCACUCCCACCUUAACGCUGCCCCAGUCCCUGCAGUCGGCAUUUUCCGGCCACUCGAGCUUCCUAGUGGAAGAUCUCAUCCGCAUCAGUCGUCCCCCUGCGUACCUGCCCCGCAGCGUUCCCCCGGCCGGCAUGUCGCCGCCCAGACCCGGGCCCCCCUCGACCCUCCCCGACUCCGGCGCCUCCGAUCUAGGCUCCCCGUGUGCGGGCAGCCGGCGGGGCGCCUCUCCGCAGACGUCCGUCUCCCCAGCCAGCGAGCCCACCUUUCUGAAGUUUGGGGUGAACGCUAUUCUUUCCUCGGCUCCCAGAACCGAAACGCCCCCUGCCUUGCUGCAGAGCGUCCCUCCCAAGACCUUCGCCUUUCCCUACUUUGAAGGCUCCUUCCAGCCCUUCAUCAGAUCUUCUUAUUUCCCAGCAUCCUCCAGCGUGGUGCCCAUCCCCGGUACCUUCUCCUGGCCGCUGGCAGCUCGCGGCAAGCCUCGCAGGGGCAUGCUGCGCCGGGCUGUAUUCUCCGACGUGCAGCGCAAGGCGUUGGAGAAGAUGUUCCAGAAGCAGAAGUACAUCAGCAAGCCCGACCGCAAGAAGCUGGCGGCCAAGUUGGGCCUGAAAGACUCACAGGUGAAAAUCUGGUUCCAGAAUCGACGCAUGAAGUGGCGCAACUCCAAGGAGCGCGAACUUCUGUCCAGUGGGGGCUGCCGCGAGCAGACCCUUCCCACCAAACUCAACCCGCACCCUGACCUCAGCGACGUGGGCCAGAAGGGCCCUGGAGACGACGAGGAGGAAGAGGAGGGUCGGGGCAGCCCGCGCCACCGCCUGGCUUACCACGCGUCCCCGGACCCUCGGCACCUCCCGGAUCCCCGGCUCGAGGGGGUGCUGCCCCCUUCCCCCGCGCACUCGAGUAGUCCCGGCAAACCUUCGGACUUCUCCGACUCUGAGGAGGAGGAGGACGACGGCGAGGACGAGGAGAUAACUGUGUCCUAA